AUGGGUGUUGAUACCCGCCGUCCAGUGCUGCCCGCCCCCACAGACUCCGUGGUCGAUACGGCCGGCAGUGCGACUGCAACCGAUCUUGCAACUGAUGUUUCUCGACGCACAGAUAAAAGUUCCUACUCCAUUCCAGACGACGGGAGUCCCAUUACCAUCUCGACGCGGCGACGGUCGCAUAAGCAUGAGGGCGACGACUCCAAGCUCUCUCGCUCGUCCCAUCGGUCGCAGACCUCUCUCCUCAUCGAGUAUUUCGAAGGAGGCAAGGGUUCAGGAGGCCUGACUUCCAGACCUAGCGUCCGAGUAAAGGUCACCCCGUCUGCGGCCAGGAAGCUGCGAGAUCAGAGCGACCAUAUCCAGAUUAGUGAAACCAGCGGGAAAAAGGCCUUGUAUACCCGCCGUAUCUCCCUCGGCCCCCCGUCGAAGCAGAAACACGCGACAGAUGGUGGCGACGACCAGAGUGUCAGCUCGGAGGAGCACGGCACCCAGCAGCGUCGUCCACCGCUAGAGAUCGAGUUUGUCGAUCGCGAUCAGAACAGCGAACUGUCCAAUGACCGGUACUUUCAGCCGGCGUCUGAGAUCUCUUCCAUGCCUCCGGAUAGUAUGCUGGAAGGGUCGCUGGCUUCUCCCGCCCCACGGCGCAAGCGAAGCCAGAGCCUGGAUCAGGGGGAGCCUCCUGCGGAAGCGAGUGACCUGCUCAAAGCCCCUUCUCGCCGGCGAAGUCGUAGUCUCAGUCGAGAGAGGAUCGCCUACAAGGUGGCCCAGAAGCUGAACAGCACCGCUGGUGAUGUCUCCAGCAGCACCCGCAAGCGUUCAGAGAAGAGUCGAAGCCGGGGCGAAAGUAAGGAGCUCUUGGAAACGGACUCCAAGUCUCUCAGGAAGCGAUCCCACCGACAUCACGACGAAGAGCCCCCCAGUGUGGAGUCCAGCCUUCUGAGCGGCUCUGCGGUAUCUUCUCGCCACAAGUCCGGUGAUCAGUAUUCCUUCCGCUCUUCCCGGUCAUCGCUCAACAACCCGAAACUCCUCGAGACGGUCGAAGAUGCAAUCCGCCGACUCAUCCUCCCGGAACUGAAAGAGCUCAAAAAGGACCAGAAAGUCAGCUCGAACAAGGCCAAGUUCGAACGUGACAUCAGCGCAUCUCAGGCCUCCGGGACCUCCAAGGAUGAGCUGGGACGGCAGUUGUCGAAGCACUCCAGUGCUCCCGACAUCGGUAAAAGCUCCUCUAUGCUGCAUAAAACCAGCAAGGACGAAGGGCUCGUGCAGUCGGAGGAGCGCCAGAAAGAUCGCAAGGAACGAAGACGAUCGAAAGAGAAAGGGACCACCUCUCCGUCAGAGGAGAAAAUCUACGUGAGAAAGGGCUCGCUACCAGGGAAUCGACCGGAAUUAACCGAAGAGGAAAAAUUGCGACGACAGAGAAGCAAGGGCCUCCGGGACGCGGAGGCUGCAGGAAUCGUCGGCACAGCUCUUACUGCUGCAGCCCUCAAACACCAUGAUUCGAAGUCUACUCUCGACGACACCAGGGAACGUCGAAAGAGGAGAGCCAAGAGUCACACCAAAAGCGACAGCAUCAAUGAUUCUGAUACAGACUUGAUCUUCCAGAAACACAAUGUGCCGCCUAUGCCGCUGCGCAGUGAUAUCGACACCGAGCUGACUCGCGAGUCUCUUCUUUCCCAGAGGACGGAGGAAACAGAGACGCCAACUCCUCGUCCAGUACGUGAAGUGGCUCGUGGUUCUUUGGGUGAAGUCGGGUCGCCUGCUUCGAGAUCCCCCUCGCGUACCCCACCCGGACGUGAUCGUGAAAAGAGUAGCUCACCUCAUGCAGACGAGGAGUACGGAGGCGCCACGGGUGACAUUGCUGCUGCAGCGGCCGCGAAUCUUUUGGGCGGUCAUCCACACCAUGACGGUCCACGUGCCCUGAGUCCUAUUCAGAGCGUCGCAAGCGACCAUGACCAGCACGAGGCAGAACUCGACAAGCAGACUGACCAGUCUAAUCGAUACUCCAUUGACUCUCUGUCUUCCGCACCCAGCACGGACCUAGCGAGAUCCAUCCGACAGAAUCAGGAGAGUAGAAAGCUCGGCUACGAAGAAGAGUCGCGGAGAACCACCGAGUCGGAAGUUGAGGAUGAAAGCGAGCAUUCGGGAGAGGACGAGGCGUCUCACGACAGCGAACCAAGGAUUGAUGAGAAACACAUGACCAACUAUACUGAUGACAGCCUCGAUGCACCACCUUUCUUGGACAAAGGUAACAACACUGGGCGGCAGGUGUCUGAAGGAGUCGGGGCCAAUCCCGAAUUCGUCCAUCCGCCCGUCGCGGUCGAGUCCGCGGUUGCCUCGCUGCUCGAUCCCUCCGUCCUUGAUGCAAACCCGACUCAGUCGCAGGCUGAUUCCCUCAACCGAUCCGCUCCUGGUAGUCCCCAUCUCGGCGAAGCUCCAAGCCGAAGCUUACCAGAAAGUGGUCGAGGCAGCCCGCUCAAGCAACAACAUGAUGCCAACAGUCCUGACGAGAAAUCUUUUACCAAGAGGAUUGGUGCCACGUCUCCGCCUCAGAGUGUUACGCAGUCAGAUGAAGAAAACGACGAACAGGGUGAACAAUAUCUCCCUGACACUCCUGGUGCGGAAGCAGAGGAUCGCCAUGCCCCUGAGGUUGAAGAUGUUCCGGAUUCCGAAUCUGAGAUCAAUACGAAUCCUUCGAUUAUCCAAGGCCCCAUCGGCGGUAUUCCUCACGAAAAUCGAGACCACUGGCCGUUCAAUCCGACACCGCCUCAACUGCAAGACAUGAACUUACCUCCCCAACACGACAGCAGCGGUGUGGCCUACAACCAGCCUUACUCCCAGCCUCCUUACGGAAACGCAUUUGCUGCAGAUGCCUACGCAAGAGAUAAUUACAUGGAUGGACGUAUCUUUUCUACCCCUCCGGGAGCGAAAGAUGAGGGCUACAUCUCCGCAGCUAAUCCAAUGUCCCCGAGCAACGCGACUCCGGAGCCCCGCAACAAAGGCUUCAGCACUCUGGACACUAACCCUCUUGUUCUUUUUGACAACCCCCCUCACGAUGACGACCCGUUCGCGACGCCCGGGCAACAGCGGCACUUCAGCGGCUAUUCCCAUGGAAUACCGUCUCCUCUGUAUGAUGGCGCCACGGGAAGAGGCAUUGAGAGCAUUCAAUCCAAAGACAUAAUUGCUUUGAUGGAGCAUCUUACCGUCCGUGAUGCGCAACGCAACGCCAGGGACACUGAGAUUCUCGUGACCCUGGUGCGGAGUGCGGCCGAGAUGCGCAACUCCUUUGAAGACAUGAAGAGGUUCAUUGCUCAACAGGAUGAAAUGCUCAUGCAGGCGAACGACAAACAGCACGAGCGUACCCAACGAGUCAUCGGUGGUCCGCGUCCACAACCUCCUUCCAAAUCCUCUCGUCACGCGUCCACGGACGAUUAUGGGGAAGACGUGCAAUCGAAGCGGAGAAAUGUGUUCCGACGGGCGUUGAAGAGUUUGAGCCUGAAGUCCUCCAACGACCUGAGCAAGAUCGAGUACAUGCUCGAACAACUCCUUGAUGAAGUCGAGGCGCUACGGGCGGCUCAGGAGGGGCGAAGCGUGGGAGCGGGAACUAAGCCAGGAAGCAUCAACUCCAACGCUCAGACUGGAAACUCAUACCAGGAUGGCUACGAGCCUGAAGGCCAAGCAGGCACUUCUUCCACGGGCCAAUCCGGGUACACUUCCAACUCGUCCCGGCCAAUUCCCGAGAACCGUGGUCUGAGUGCGCAGAGAGGACCCGAGAAUCGCGUCAGCACUGUCCCCGAGGGAGACGAAGAAGGCGAGACUUACGAGCACGAGCAACCGCUGCUGGAACGGGACGUCCCAUACGACGACCGCUUGCCGCAUCAAGAGGAACGGGGAGUUUCUGAACCUGCUGCGACUCCUCCGCGCGUCACGGGUGCUGUGAGCAACGAGACGACACCGAGGAAGUCCGAGGGAAAGUCCCGGAAGCAUAAAUCAAGCAGCUCGUCGUUCUUCCCCAAGAUCUCGCGCUGGUCCAAGACGACUGCGUCCUCGGUGGGCGAGAAUAUCCGCAAUACUAUCCAGCCUGGGCGCAAAGAACGACCUCUGUCUGAGGGAUCCCGCUCUGGUGUGGACCUUUUGCAGCAGGGCCCCUACAACACUGCGGACUACUAUGACCCGAACGGGGAUGAUAGGCUUCGGUCCAGGUACACGCUGGAUGAGCAGCAGCAGGAGCAGCAGGAGAACCGCCCACCAUCUCCUCUUGUUCCUUCACAGGUGUCUGAUGAUCCCAAGUAUCGAGCCCACCGGGACAGCUUGAACCUGCAGCAUCCACAACCACGACAAGGACCCACGGACCGGUUUCAGUCUCGUCUGGAGUCGCAGGCCCAGAACUUUGUGAACCCGGUUUCUCCCAACUCGGACGCGUGGGGAUCCAACUCGAGUCUCCCUCAGAUGAGUGCGACAGGCAAUCGAUACGGCAGUGGCGGUCGUCUGACGCCCAUCUCGGAUGCCGGGUAUUCGGAGACGGGCUCCCUGGUGGACCGGCAGAAUGCUCCGCCCAGGCCUCCUAAGAUCAAGGAUGACGGUCCGCUGGUUCCUCAGCGACCCCCCAAGAUCAAGGAAGGCGAACAGCCGAGCUACACGGAGCGGUUUGCUUCUCACCAGCCGCCUCAGCGCAGACCGACGGGGCCUCGUCCGAUCACGAGUUCUGGGCGAUACAGCCCUGCGAAUAUGAGGCGGCAGCGUUAUCGAGGAAGUCCGACCCAGAUUGACUAUGGGGAUGAGGAGUACUGA